UCUACACAAGGCUACAUGUUUGUUUAUUGUUGUGCAAAUCAAUAGACUUGUACCCCCUGAAACAGGGCUUUUGCUCUCUCACAAACCAUUCCCAGCAUCUGCUGAACGGCCAUGUGUCGGAUCUGCGGGGUAAAACACCUUUGUUAGUCGAUUGGGCCUGUAGUCACGGCCUCCGGUCUGGUCUGGAUGAAUCAUCAAUAGAUUGAAAAGCCAAAGCGCGAUACACACCCAGCAUGGAUCCCAAAGCAUCAUCAUCACUCGGCCGUAUCCAGAAAGCCGUCUGGGACGGCAAACUGCCGCUGCACAUCACCCUGGCCCCAUCCGAAAGCCGAACCUUUGAUCAAACAGACCCAUAUCUUAUCUCCCACCCGCGCAUCGCCUACCUCCCCUCUCUCCUCCCCCGACUGCGGGACUUCUUUGCGCCCUCCCUCAUCCACCCCACCUCCAGCCCGCACGAAGGCUGGUUCUCCUUCGAGGGCGUCCCCCUGAAGUGGCACUACCCCAUCGGACUCCUGUAUGACCUGUACGCGGGCGCCGACCCGGCCUCGAAGGCGGGCGGCACCGAGCCCGACCUCCUCUCCGCCGCCAGCGCCGACGAGGACCCCCUCCCCUGGCGGCUGACCGUGCACUUCAGCGACUGGCCCGACGAGGAGCUGGUGCGGCUUGACGCGGACGGGAUGGUCAUGCACGACGCGUUCAUCAACAGCGUCAAGGAGGCGGAUUUCCUGCGCAACGGCACGGCGAAGGGGAUCAUGGCGCUGUCCAAGGAGGAUUCCGCGGGCCUGUGGACGGCGGUGCGAGAUGUGGACCUCCCCGCCUUCCAACGCAUCUCCAACAUCCUCCUCCCACCGCCCAACCAACCCUUCCGCAAUGUGCCCGUCCGCUUCUUCCUGCCGUUGCCCCCGGAUUCGGACUCCCCUUCGCUGAAGGUGGUCCAGUCGCCUAUCCCGCCGGUGAUCGCCCCGUCGUCGGCGUCGGUGUCGACGUCGAUGAGUGUCGCGGCGAGUCAGUCGCUGAUGAUGGCCGCCGCGCGCGGGGCGCCGCAGGUCCAGACGGUCGGAUCGGCGCUGCAUGCGCUGCUGCCGAACCUGUUUCCGAGUCGUAGAACGCCCGUGCUGGCGAAGCCGGUGCUCCAUGGGGCGGCUGUGCCGAUGGCGGCGCCGGUGGAGGAGCUGGUAAGGUGUUCGGCGUAUGGCGAUGGAUGGGUUUAUGUGGUGGUGCGGAUGAUGGGGUAGUAGGCCUUUGGGGGCGUCCUUUGGGGAAGCUUGCUUUGCCGCCUGCUAGCGAUGUCUUGGGACAGGAGCUUUAGAUACCAAACGCUUCACCGGACUCGGCAUCCUCAUUGAUAGUGUAGUGUUGGAAUCUGC